CCACUUCCUGGUUACGCAUCGAGGAAAUACUGUUAUUGGAUACGAAGUUGCGAAUUUCUGACCAAAGUAUUUACGUCAGUUAUAACGCGUGUAGUUUUAAAAAAUAUAUAUAUAAAAAAGUUCAUUUUAAUCCGAGUAGUCAGGCUGUUUGUUAUUGCUAGACAACGAAAAAUUAAAAACAUUAACGAUACUGAUGGUAACAUAGGACUUAAUGUCGGAGGGGAAGUGAGGACGUGAGCGCCACGUCAGUGACUAGUGCAGGAAACAUCAGUUACUCAGGGUCCUGCCUGCAUUACACCUCUGUUCCAGUGCUGGUUCUCUCAAAACACUCGGAUAGAAAAGCUGUACCCUUCAAGAAAACUAAAAUGACGUCGUCUAACUGGGGUUUAAUAAUGAACGUGGUGAACAGCAUUGUGGGAGUCAGUGUACUGACUAUGCCCUUCUGCUUCAAACAGUGUGGUAUAGUGCUAGGCACUCUGUUGCUUUUCUUCUGCUCGUGGAUGACCCAUCAGUCCUGCAUGUUUCUAGUCCAUGCAGCCAGCAACACUAAGCGCAGGACUUACGCUGGACUGGCUUUUCAUGCUUUUGGUAAACCAGGAAAGGCACUUGUGGAGCUGAGUAUGAUAGGCUUAAUGCUUGGUACAUGUAUUGCAUUCUACGUGGUCAUUGCAGACCUUGGAUCAAACUUCUUUGCCCAACUUUUAGGCCUCCAGGUAACACGCAGUUUCCGUGUCCUGUUGCUCAUUGCCGUGUCACUGUUCAUUGUGCUACCUCUGAGUCUGCAGAGAAACAUGAUGUCAUCUAUCCAGUCGUUUUCAGCCAUGGCACUGAUCUUCUACACACUCUUUAUGUUCACGAUAGUGUUGUCCUCUCUGCGUUACGGCAUUAUCAGUGGGUCAUGGGUGGAAAGAGUGCACCUGUGGCGCAUCAAGGGGGUCGUGCAAUGUCUGCCAAUUAUCGCCACUACCUUCUGCUGCCACCCGCAGGUGCUGCCUACCUACGACAGCCUGGAUGAGCCCUCGGUCAAGAGAAUGAGCACCAUCUUCACCUCUUCUCUCAAUGUUGUUACCACCUUUUACAUCACAGUGGGGUUCUUUGGCUAUGUAAGUUUUACAGACACCAUAGCUGGGAAUGUUCUGAUGAAUUUUCCCUCUAACCUUGUGACCGAGAUGAUCCGAGUGGGCUUCAUGAUGUCUGUGGCCGUGGGCUUCCCCAUGAUGAUCCUGCCCUGCAGGCAGGCCAUCAACACCAUGCUGUUUGAGCAGCAGCAGAAGGAUGGCACUUUUGCUGCUGGUGGUUACAUGCCGCCCCUUCGCUUCAAGAGCAUUACUCUGUGUAUUGUCUUCGGCACUAUGCUGGGAGGUAUCCUCAUUCCGAAUGUGGAGACUAUCCUAGGUCUAACUGGAGCCACUAUGGGCAGCCUGAUCUGCUUCAUCUGCCCUGCUCUCAUAUACAGGAAGAUCAUGAAGAAUGGCCUUGCUGCUCAGCUGGUUCUAUGGGUUGGGCUUGGGAUUCUACUCUUAAGCACCUUCACCACUCUGUCCAUGUCUAGUGAGCCAGAUCAAGUACAGCCUCCUGCUAUCGUCCCCAAAACUAAUGACAAACCUCCUGUUGUUGCUGUGCCAGAGCUGCCCAAACAUCCUGCUGAAGAAACCCCAGUGGCUCCAGUGGCACCAGGAAAACUGGACAAACCUAAGCCGGCUGUGGAGCAGAUCCUGCCUGCAGAGGAGGUAAAGGUCCCAGAGGAGAAGGAGCCAGCUGAGCCACCACAGAUAAAAGUACCCAUAGAAGUGCCCGAGAGGAAGAAGAAUGAGGAAGUUCAGCUGGACCGUCCUGGAGCAGAAGUUGCAGUGCCUGAUGGAGAGGCUCACCGCCACGAACCACCCAUCCCUCAUGACGAAGUUCAGAUAGAGAAGCGCAAGAACCAGCAGGAGCUCGAUGAAGAAAAAAACCAAGUUGCUGGAAAAGAAGAGGAGGAGUUGGCAGAACAGGGGGCAGGCCAGCAGCAGGAGGUGACACAAGAUAGAAUGAAGAAAGAGGUGGUGCAUAAAAAGCAGGAUGUUGUGAAGAACCAGAUGGCCCAGGACCUGGCCAAUGAGAUCCAUGAGAAGGUGGAUGAACAGAAGCAGCCAGAGUUAGUGGUGGUGCAUAAGUCUGUGGCACAGCCGUCUGUAGUGAAGGACCAGGGAGCUGAGAACAGACUGCCUGCUGAUAAGAAAUCAGAGGAAAGUGAUAAAAAAGCAGCUGAAUCUGAGUCUGUGAAACAUCCUGAACCAGUGGACCAUUUGGCUGAGGUGCAUGAUGGGGCUGCCAGUCAAGAGCAUAAAGAAGAGAAGAAACAGGAUGGGAAGGACACCAAGGAAGGAGAUGGAGACAAGAUGGAAGUGAUUAAAAAGAUCGUUGCAGAGGGAGUGCUGGACCAUGCCGUGCUACUGCAGGUGAUCAAAGAGCAGCAGGAGCAACAGAAGAGGCUGCUGGACCAACAGGAGAAACUCCUGGCCGUCAUUGAGGAACAGCACAAAGAAAUCCAUCAGAAAAAGGAUGAAGAGGGGGAACCCAAAGCUGCAGGUGGUGAUGCAGCUGACACGGGCGAGAUGGUGCAACAGCAGCAUGACCCAGCAGAUGGAGACGGGAAGGUGAAAGCCCCAGAACAGAGCUCAGACCACCACCAGGAACCUGAGAAGCUAGCACCUGUAGCUGAUGCACAAAAGCAGCAAGUUAAAGACCCAGUUCUCAAACCAGCACAAGAUGAACCCAAACAAGAGAAACAGCCUCCUCAAGUAGCAGUGCAUGUAGAUGGAGACUUGCAGAGAGACCUUGGAGCACGAGGGGUGCCAUUACGCCAGCAUCAGCCUGAACCUCCCCAAGAUAAGCAAAUUGGGCAGGGAGACCUGGAAGAGCUUCAUCCAGAAGAUAUUGCCAAGGAAGAGGAGAGAGUAAGACAGAGGUUAGCCCAGCUUGAAGCUGAGAAAGAAAGACUUGAGAAGGAAAGAUUGGAGAAAGAGAGACUCGAGAAGGAAAGGCUGGAGAAAGAGAGGCUCGAGAAGGAAAGGUUGGAGAAAGAGAGGCUCGGGAAGGAAAGAUUGGAGAAAGAAAAGCUUGAGCAGGAAAGGUUGGAGAAAGACAAGCUCGAGCAGGAAAGGUUGGAGAAAGAGAAGCUUGAGAAGGAAAGGCUGGAGAAAGAGAGGCUCGAGAAGGAAAGGUUGGAGAAAGAGAGGCUCGAAAAGGAAAGGUUAGAGAAAGAGAGGCUCGAGAAGGAAAGGUUAGAGGAAGAGAGGCUUGAGAAAGAAAGGUUGGAGGAAGAGAGGCUUGAGAAUGAGAGGGUGGAAGCAGAGAGGUGGAAACAAGAGAAGGAAAAGCUUGAUCAACAACUUGUGCAGCACGCUGAGAAGGAGCAGAAGUUGAUAAAGCAGAGAGAAAAACUGGUCCAGCUGCAGCAGAUAAUUGACAGUCGAGGCACCAAUCAGAAUGAGGUCAUCGCUAAAGAGCAGCAAGUACCUCAACCUCUGAAGAAAGGAGGCAGGGACUUAAAGGAGAAUUUGGAUCCUCAAGAAGAGGUGCCUCAGAAAGAAAAGAAGAGUAGAGAGGAGGGAGAGAUGGACCUGAGAAGGCGGCGCAGGGCUCUGGGGUCUGAGGAGAGACGAGUUCCUGGACUGGAACCGCUGCUGGAGCUCGGAGGGUCAGACCUCCAUGCAGCACUUGAGGCUCAGCUGCUGGCUGGAGCUGUGGUCCAUUCCCGCCAGAUUAAACAGACUUCACACAAGCAAAACACAGAUGACUAGUUUUUCACCUAACAGUGUGAACAUGUGUGCGCACACACAUCAGUGGCUCAUUCAGCUCAUAUGAACGUCAACUGUUACAAGUUCCUAUAGUACAAAAUGCUGCAUCAGCCACUGAGUUUAAAUCCAGGACUAAAAUUUAUUCAGAGUGUGUACAUCCACACUGAAGGACAUGUUUAUUCUGCAGCUAGACAGUGGUGGGGUUUCCUUAUUUACUGGACUUUUGUAGCUUUCUAGGGGACUCUGUACUCCAGACAUCUGCCUUUGUUAACAGUGAUUUCUUUUGCACUAUAAUCUAAAAGAAGACAGUUGGCUUUUUCUUCUGAAAUCUCUUAUCCGCAUUGUAAAACCUAACCUGCAAGAACGCCGAGCUCAAUAUCAAACCAACCAUCAUAAAUGGGCAUGUUAAAUAUUUGUUUGCUUUAUAUACUAAGGUUUUAAUGCCAAGGUGCCAGAUUUGUUCGACUGUAUUGGAAAUGUCAGCGCAAACAGUGUGUUUUAACUUGCGUUUGUUAAAAUGCUGAAAAAUGGGUGGAAUCACAUUGAUCACUGCUGAUAUGUAUACAUGUACAUGGUCAUUGGAUAUUCUACAUUCAUCCUAAAAGAUGCAGUGGUUCCAUUAAGAUUCUCUUGAAAUUUAUUCACAGCAGGUCAAUUUUGAACCAUUAAAUUGCCAAAGUUUCCAUAAACAUCUUUGUUUAACAUUCUUUAAAUGAUAAUACUCUUCCUCUCAUUUCAUUUGAGUGAAAGCUGAGUGCUACUUCCACUUUUGAGUGAUUUUUCUACAAAGUAAAGACCAAAGGUUUUAGUUGAAACUAGCCUUAAGUGGUGUGUAUAUAUACACACACCCCAGAAUUCCAGUAGCUGCAGGGACAAAUUACAGUCAUGUUCUUCUCUUCACAUUCAUUCGUCUGCUGUGUGGUUUGGGUGGCAUUCAGUAAUAUCAAUCCACUCAAACUGUGUCCAUCUAUCUAUUAAUGUUGUAUUAUUUAUAUGAGGUCAGGACUCAAUUUCUGGUAUCUUUUCUAUGUUGGCAGUAUUCCAGGUGUUUUGAGCUUACUUUAAAUAUCAGCUUAUGCUAAGCAAAUUUAAAGGCUCAUUUAAUGGCAAAUGUGUGUAAAAUGUCUUUUGAAGAUGUACACUAUAUGGCUGAAAGUAUGUGGACACUUGACUAUCACACCCAUAUGUUGCCACAAAGUUGGAAGCACACAAUUGUAUAGAAUGUCUCUGUAUGCUGUAGCAUUACAAUUUCCCUUCACUGGAGCUAAGAGGCCCAAACCUGUUCCAGUAUGACACUGCCCCUGUGCAGAAAGCGAGGUUCAUGAAGACAUGGUUUGCCAAAGUUGGAGUGGAAAAACUCAGAGCCCUGACCUCAACCCCUCUGAAUACCUUUGGGAUAAACUGGAAUGAUGACUGCACCCAUGCCUUCUUGUCCAACAUAAAUACCUGACUUCACUAAUGCUCUUGUGGCUGAAUGAGCAAAUCCCCACAGCCACACUCCAAAAUAUAGCGUAAAGCCUUCCUGGAAGAGUGGAGGUUAUUAUAAGGGCAAAGGGGACUAAAUCUGGAGUGGGAUGUUCAACAAGCACAUAUGGGUCUGAUGGUCAGGUGUCCACAAACCUUUGGCCAUAUAGUAUAGAUGAGUAAUAGACCUGUAUUUUAUAAACCUAGAUCAAGGACCAAACACUGUUAAAGAACCCAAGCUUUUCUUUCUUGAUUAUGAUAUUUUUGGGUAAUAUUUCUGGUCAGCAUUUAACUGCUAACCAAUGCCGUUAAACUCAGUUGGAGGUAAAGGCUAAAGUUAUUCCGUCUCAUAGUGGUCCAUUCAGUGAGCAGUAAACAACGACCAUAGGUUGUUCCAAAUAAUGAAUGUGUGUUUAUUCUUUAAAAGUGUGUUUAUUCUUUAUAUAUAAAGCUUGCGGCUCAAUCCAUGAUUUGAAUACGAAUGUUUGCAACUGCUUGAAGCACUUUGUUAAUGCUUGUAGAAAGACAAAAGUGCAAUUUACAAAAGCACAACUACAAAAAAGUAAUAUUGUCCAUGAAAGGUUUUGUAGAAUAAUUAUUUUUCUAGGCCUACCAGAUUAUAAUUUAUUUUUCUCCUUUUUGGAGUGACUUUGUUAAAAAAAAAAAAAAAAGUACAGAUGAGCUAUACUAACUGGCAAUAGUUAGUUCACAGCUGUUGUUGUGGGUUUUGUUUUUUUGGGGGUAUGUAUAAAGACAGUGUAACAUAUAAUUGGACCAUUCUACAAAGCAUGAUUCAUGUCAAUGUAUAGAUUUUUUUUUUUUUUUUUUUGGAUCAUUCUCUUGCUCUAUAUUCCUUGCUCUUGCCUAUAAAUAUUGCAUGUUUCUGUUGUCUUGUGGGUGUCAUUGACAGGGUGACAUUUUUGCUUCUUCUAUCUUUGCCUCUGUAUGUUUGUGGUUUGACUAUAUUGUUAUAUUCAUGUUGUUCUGGCCCACAUUUAACAGAACGUAUGUGUUUAGUGUAAAUUCUACAGCCUGUACAUUUAUCAAAGUGAACCUGCUGUUUCAGAGUAUUGAAAAUAUUCAGACACCGGACCCUUUUUCAAUUAAAAAAAAAAGUGUUUUGCAGAUGAUAUACAUAUGAAUGAUAUACCAUCUUCUCUCAGGUGGUAAUUAAAUAAAAAUGUUAGGUAAAUCUUGUUUCAGCAAUGAAGUUUAUUUAUUUUUAUGUUUAAUGCAGUGUAUUGGUUAGGCAUUGUAAAAUGUGCUUCAUAUGUCACAUUGUUUUACUCCUCUUAUACCACAGCAGUUCUCCAACAAUUACAUUUUGUGUUUAUUAAAGAAUAUCAUGUCAUA